CGUUUUGAGGCUUAUCUCUGAAGAACCCGAUGGCCGUCCAAUGGAUCCUCAAGAACACCUUAAUAUUAAAGAUGAAAGGCUUUACGGUAUUUUGCAGAAAUUGGAAGUAAUAAAAUCACAGUUAAAUCAUAAUCCAACCACAAACUCUCCUGAAAUUUACGAGAGUUAUUUGAAGAAACUGAAAAUUCGAGAUAGAAUUCAAUUAAUUCAAAAACAACUGCGCGAAUCUGAAUUAAUACUUCAUCUUGAUGAGCUCAAAAGGCGAAAACGUCUACUUCGCCGGUUGGGAUAUUUGUCUUCAAACGAUAUAGUUGAAUUUAAGGGUCGAGUUGCAUGUGAACUUACUUCCGGUGAUGAAUUGGUUUUAACGGAACUACUAUUAAACGGUGUAUUUAAUGAAUUAUCGGUUCCAAUGACUGCUGCUAUGUUAAGUUGUUUUGUAUGUGACGAAAUACCAAGUGAACCAACAGGCAUGCUUCCACAAGAGUAUAAUGUAUUGUUCCGCAAGGUUCAGGAAACUGCAAAAAUUAUAGCUGAUGUAACUGAAGAAUGUAAUAUUCCAAUUGAUAAAGACGUAUAUCUAGCGAGUUUCUCACCAGCAUUAAUGGAGGGUGUAUAUCACUGGUGCAAUAAUGCAACGUUUAGAGAAACUUGCGCGCGUAUAAAUAUGUUUGAAGGUAAUAUUGUUAGAAAUUUUAGAAGCUUAGACGAACUAAUGCGCGCAAUGAUUUCAGCGGCGAAGAUCAUUGGAACAAGUGAAUUGGAGUCCAAGUUUUCUGAAGCUCGUGAAAAACUUAGGAGGGGAAUAAUAUUUACGGCAUCGUUAUACCUUUAG